AUGUCGACCCUCAAAGAACAGCUACCAUGGGUGUCGUCGCCCUUGAUCGUCAACGCACCGAUGGCGGGCUUCGCGGGUGGUAAGCUCGCGUCAGCUGUAACACUGGCCGGCGGCCUUGGUAUGAUCGGAAGUCUACGCAGUAUGGACGACUUGCGGAAAGAGUUGGGUAUCGCCGCAGAAGCUUUCAAGGACAGCCCCAAACUAUCGGCGUCGCGUACCCUCCCAGUUGGUGUCGGCUUCCUCUCGUUUGUGCUCAAACUCGAAGAGGUUCUUCCGGUGUUCGAUGACUUCAAGCCCGCGGUCAUCUGGCUGUUCGUGCCGAAAGAUCUGGAUGACUACGCGGAAUGGGUGCCGGCGAUACGCAAGGCCUCACCGGAGAGCAAGAUCUGGAUUCAGCUCGGUAGCGUCGCGGCGGCUCUUCAUGUUGCGAAGAUCGCGCGUCCAGACGUGCUGUGUAUCCAAGGCGCGGAUGCCGGCGGUCACGGCUUCGAGAAGGGCGCAAGCAUCGUCUCGCUACUGCCGGAGGUGACCGACGCGCUCGCUGCGGAAGGCUUCUCACACAUACCCCUCGUUGCCUCAGGUGGUAUCGUCGACGGACGCGGUGUUGCUGCAGCACUCACCCUCGGUGCCGAAGGCGUCGUGCUGGGAACGCGCUUCCUCGCUUCUAAAGAGGUGAACGUCCAUCCGAUGUACCAAGCCGCAGUCCUAGAGGCACAAGAUGGCGGUCAGGUGACGACGCGUUCGAAACUGUUCGAUCAGUUGCGCGGCCCCAACGUCUGGCCGGAGCUGUAUGACGGGCGCGGAUUGGUGGCACAGAGCCACAAGGACUUUGCGAACGGCAUGAGUCUCGAAGAGAUACAAAAUCUGCACAAUGAGGCCGCUGCGGGUGAAGAUAAAGGAUACAAUACAGGGUUGCGAGGACGCGCAGCAAUUUGGGCUGGCACUGGUGUGGGGUUGGUGAAGGAAGUGCAAAGCGCGGGCGAGAUUGUACAGAAGGUGCGGGAAGGUGCGAAAGAUUUCAUGGUCAGGGCGGUAGCGAGACUAUGA